GACCUCAAGAGCACGCUGGUGUUCGCCGCCUUCACCUACGGCUUCUCGCCGGUGCUGAAGACGCUGACCGAGUCCAUCAGCACGGACACCAUCUAUGCCAUGUCGGCCCUCAUGCUCCUGGGUCACCUCAUCUUCUUCGACUACGGCGCCAACGCCGCCAUCGUGUCCAGCACGCUGUCCCUCAACAUGGCCAUCUUCGCCUCGGUGUGCCUGGCCUCGCGCCUGCCUCGCUCCCUCCACGCCUUCGUCAUGGUCACCUUCGCCAUGCAGAUGUUCGCCCUGUGGCCCAUGCUGCAGAAGAAGCUGAAGGCCCGGACGCCCCGGUGCUACGUGGGGGUGACGGUGCUCUUCGCGCUGGCCGCGCUGGCAGGGCUGGCCACCGUGUCCAGCGUGGGCGCCGUGCUCUUCGCCUCCCUGCUCCUCGCCAUCUCCUGCCUCUGUCCCUACUGCCUCAUCCGCCUCCAGCUGCUCAAGGACAACAUCCACGGGCCGUGGGACGAGGCUGAGAUCAAGGAGGACCUUUCCAGGUUCCUCAUGUAGGCCCAGCCCAGCGGGAGCCUCUGCUGUGAGCAGCGCAGAGGUCCUGGCUGGGGGUCAGCCCUGUGGGGGAGGACACCUGAGCCAAUAAAGUCUCUCACAGCAGCAAGAACA